AAGAGCGUGGUAGUCGCGGGACACUAGUCAAGUUGGAAACGACUUCAAGGGAGGGUCAGCUAGGAGGUGUAAAUGGAAACACUGUCUUGCGAGAGUGGGCAUUGAUAUAGACUGGGCAGCCUUGGCCUGCUUGUCGACAGCAAUGCCCGGAUGACCAAGAAACUACAGCCUGAAUCUGAGGGGUUUCCUUUGCACAAGCCUGCGGGCGACCAAUGGUCUACUAUCUUGGCACCGCCGGUGUCUGAGAGAAAAGUGCAUUUGUUGACGGUGUUGCUGGGCGUGCUGCAGACCAUGAGAACGCCGCCGGGCAGCACUGUCAGAUCUGGACACCGAGGUGGCACAACCGCCGCCGGGCAGGCCAAUGAGCAUCGCUGGCAGCAGUGCAUACCAGAGAUAGGCAGAAUUGUUAUCGGAGAGAUCCCACAUGAUUGCCCGCCGUCUGGGAUCCAGAUGGUGGCUACAUCACAUUCGAUUGCUCGAGAUGGGCCCAAGUCUACCAGGGCUAGAACGUACGUCGUCGCAGAUGAUGGUGUUGCAAUGCACAAGGGCUUGGCGAGAGGUGUGCCGGACUGUGAAAACACACUUGCAGAUUUGUGGAGGGUCACUGUUCCCGUGCACGCCGUGUAUGCUGAGGCUUGCUGUGUGUCUUGCCGCCUGCUCACAGCCUGUUGAGUCUUGAGUGUUUAUUAAUGUUGUUGUUGGCGACGACUCAACUCUGGAUGAUUCGCCACGGUUGCUAUUCGUGGGUCGUCAAGUGCUGAAGUGGGGCGGCCUGGGCGAGUGCCCCUGGAUCACCACAGUGGAUCACAGUGGACACCACGCCCAGACGUCAUUCCCUCUCG